AUGUCCACUGCCAGUGGCAAACGCGCACUGGCAGCACCCAGUGAUGAUGAACCUGCCACGAAGCACGUCAGAAUUAAUCAUGACGGGAAUUGGCGGACGCCAGUGUUAUCACCUCUGUCGGACGAAGGCAGCUGGUGCAUACUGGAACAAUUCCUUACCACAGAAAUGACAUACCCUCAGAUGGAAGAGGCUUUGUUAUCGCACCUCGGCCCCCAAUACUCAGCAGACGACUGGAAGGACGCCCGAGACGCCUUGUUCUCCGGUGAUGGCAAUGACAGUAUUGCAUUGGCGAAUCUUCUGGCCUUGAAGGCCAGGUACAUGCCUCAGGCCUCAGAUGGUCCAUCGAAAACGAUGCAUCCAGCGAAAGAUUCUCCCGCAGGCGCCUUCGUGUUGAAGACGGAUGGAUACUCGUCAAGAACUCGAAACCAUCGAUUGCGUAGGCGAUCCAACCCCUUCAUCCUCGACGAAGCCGAGGAGGGUGACAAUGAGGACAAGGACGAGGACGAGGAAGGGGAUGGGGAUGGGGAUCAUCGAGCGCGUAGGAGGCGAGCCAAUCCUUUUAUCGAUGACCAGGCAGGGGAAGAUGAAGAUGACAGUCUUUUCGACAAUGAGACAGGGAGUGAAGAUGGCAUUAUGAGAUUGCAGAACGCGACAUGCUUGACAGGACCAUCGGCCAAGGACACAUUGGCUGUAGCGAUCGAUAAAAUCUUCGUCAAGUUCGGAGAGAAAAGCAUCAGUUCUUCGAAAGGACGCCUUUCUUACAGGGCUGCUCGGUUCCCCGACACAAGUAAAAGUAGGACAUAUCUUCUUCAUGUUCACAGAACUGCCACGCCAUAUAUCGCGGAGCACCUAAGUAGCAAGGGAUUUUCUGUUAUCGUGUCAGCCUGGGUACCAGGUCAGCUUCUCUCCAUGAAACAGUAUCUUCUCAUUUCGGAUGAAGAAUUUGGAGUGGUGAAAUGUUCCAAUCUCAAACUUCCAAACCCAUCGUGGGUGAGGAUCAAGCACGGUAAAUAUAAGGGUGACAGCUAUGUGUUCGACUCAGAACAAUCGACUGGUUUUGUGGUAGUCUUGAUUCCUCCGCGAGAAUUCCCAUAUUCAAUGCCUCGUGGAUCUAAGGCGCUCCUCGACCGAUCUCGCCUUCCGAAUGACAAUAGAGUGUCUGACAUCAUUCAUGACGAAAAGGUCGUAGGAUGGUCAUAUAAAGGAGAACGGUACUAUAUGGGACUUUUACUCAAAAUAUUUUACCGUUCUCUCUUAGAACUCGUCGCCUCCCCUCACGCUGAUGACAUUCGACUGCAUUUCCACUCCGGGUGGGACACAUUAUUUGUCAAGAAGUCUAUUGCGUCAUUUUCCAUGCAGUUUUUGCGUGUAGGCAAUGUGGUCAGAGUUCUCAGAGGCGAACUUUAUUCGAAGAUAGGAACGGUCGUGUCAACCGACUAUAUAUUUGGUUCUGUGCACUUAGAACUUACCUUUGACGGCCAUCGAAAAGAAAUUGACCUGCGACUCGAGGACUUAGAGUGCGUCUUUCGGGUUGGGGACACAGUUCGAGUCAUGGCAGGUUCUUACUUGGGCGUGGAAGGACACAUCAUUCAGAUAUUUGAUGAUAUCUGCCACGUUUGUCAAGCGGUAUCGAAGGAAGAGUUGCAAGUUUCGAAGUACUACUUAGAGUGCUGUUCAUUGAAUCACACGUUGCACCUACGGCUACCGAUCCAGCAAAAAUUUGAGCCUUUCCCCGACUGCGACUCGAUACAAGUUGGCGACGAAAUAAAAGUACUUGCAGGAGAGCACAUGGGGAAAUAUGGGGUCGUAGAAUGGUUUCCUGUGGGAGACACCCAAUUGUGGUUCCGAGAUGCGAACCCUAUAUUCACUGGAGACGAUAUCUCCAGACUGCCACUUAUUAAAGUUACCGCGACCUUUGUUCAACAGACGCACAUUGCGCAGACGAUGAAAUUUACGAGGGAGCGGGGUUAUGAUGUCAGACCUGGAGACUUCGUGAGUGUAGCUCGCGGGCCGAAGUAUCAGACGAAAGGUGUUGUUCAAAGUGUCGACUUCCGGAAGGCUCAUUUGACGCUGCUGUCUGAAGGCAAUGCUUCUCUUAUUGACGUUCCAAUUGGAUUCGUCAUGAAAUUAAGCAAUGCGGACUUGGAUUCGUUGAAAGAGAUCAUUGGUCAAGAAGUAUUUAUUGUUGGAGGUGACCGGAAAGGCUUCCGAGCCACGCUAUAUGGUCUCGGGAGUGACCUUUGCACAGUUGCUGUGCAUGGGCAGGCACGUAUCACUUUGAAAAAUCAAGACGUUGUUACCAGUUAUGGUAUGAGGCUCAAUGGUGCAAUACUUGAAGCACCGGAUCUAGCUUCAUUCUGCGAGAUGCGAAAAAGAUCGUACUUGCCAUCACCGCAUCAAAGAAAAAUUACGCCUCCUCCUGAACGAUUUCCUCCCGCUAGCCGCACAGAUUCCAGCCUGUCGUCACCUAACAUGUGGACCACGUGGAACACCAGCGCCAAGGGUAUCCAUAUCGCGGACAACCCUUCCUCGAGUGCCCAUCCCAGCUUGUCAACAUUUGACCCUUGGACUCUCAACGCCCAAGACAUCCAAGAUAACAUUCGCACCAAUUCUGAGGAACUCCGGGACAGUGGCCCCCUACCUUGGUUGAUGAGUCGAGAAUUUUCUUCGACGUUCCUUAAGCAUCACGCAGUGUUGAAAGUCUCCCCGAGCUUCAUGGGUGGCAGGCUACACAAACAGUUUGUAUUCACUGCCAUUCCUGACCCAUUCUGCGGCGCGAAUGGACCUGCACCCACGGGCUGCAUCUCAGCAUUUUGUACAUCUAACAGCGCAGGCGCCGCGCUUCAACACUACCAUAUCCCGGCUAAGGAUCUCCAUCUAGCUCCUCCACGCAAAAAAAACCAACGGUGCCUUGUUUUGGAUGGUGAUUCAUGCGGUCAGAUCGUAACUGUCGCGAAAUGCAAUGCUAAGAAAAAUACCAUUGAUGUGAUUACCGAUUUGUAUGGUGGAACAGGGACAUGA